UGCCGGAAGGGCAAACUAUGCACUUUGCACGUCCAGAGAAAUGUACCAUGAAGGAGAAAAAAAAACGGAAAACAACGCACAGCGCACCUUUGCCACUGGCAUGCUCCCUGAGUUUUUCAACGGCCUGAAAGAGUACACCGCUACUGGUUCAACAUGCCGCCGAUCUGCCUGUCGUGCGUGUAACAUCGCGUCAACGCCGUGUUCCUCAACUCGUGCAAGUUCGACGGUGGCCAGCAUGCGCUCGCUCGUAUCAUUACUACCAACAGUCUUGUCUACGUUUGAUACUUGCGGGAAGACUUCGAAGAAAGCGCAGUCAGGACGUCAUCUACCGUCAGGGCAACAAAACUUGCUUCCGUUGCUGGGCCGUUUGCUGAUCGACGGCUUGCAGGUGCUAUACAAGAAGCAACACAACAUUGCUUUCGACACCAGGCAGCAUCUCUCCACGUCUCAUCUCGAUAAAUGUAUAGUCGGCAACCGAAAACGAUGAAUCAGCGUUCCGAUUGGACUUGUCGUUUGCCAUAAACCAAGAGGACAUGACCCGA